UCUGAAAAACGGGAAACUUAAAGCUGCUGCACAGUUAACUAAAGCUCCAAAGUGUGUAUUAUUUACUCUAUAUUACCUGCGGUGGAGGACAUGGCGCUGCUCGGUCCAGAAUCGUCCUGAAACACAAGAAGACAAAGUACUUCUGAAGUUGCUGGAUGAAGCGGCAGGAGGAAGCGGGAGAGCGCAGCGGGCUGUGUCUUACGUGCGCUGACAGCCAAUCACGUCGCUGGACUGAUUUUGGGAGCCAAUCGCAGUGCAUUGAUUGUCACGUGUGAGGAAGAGGCUCGUACAUCAAAUAUUAACGAGACGCAAAACUUUUCGGCGUUAAACAACUAAAGUGCCUCCAUUUUCUCUUUGACGUGAAGACUGAUUUAUCUAAAACUCAAUCACGAGCAAAGAAACUGUCUUUUUGACCCUAAUCGAUUUAAUUUAUUGUAAUUAGUCGCACAAAAAAACACCACGCACGUGUUCACUGGACGGGCACGCGCGCGCUUGUUUGCUCUCAGGCACCAGACCGUCCGGUAAGGGUUAACGGAAGACCGACCGGAGGAGAGAGAGGCGGCGGCGGCAUGGAGUUCGAGGAGUCCGGUAUCGGGGAGGAGUGCGGGGUUUUCGGGUGUGUCGCUGCCGGAGAGUGGCCCACGCAGCUGGAGGUGGCUCAGGUCUUAACCCUGGGGCUGGUGGCGUUACAGCACCGGGGUCAGGAAAGUGCUGGGAUUGUGACCAGUAAUGGAGCCAGUCCUCCCACAUACACAACACACAAGGGAAUGGGAUUAGUGAACACUGCAUUUUCACCCGAGGCUCUGCUGAAACUGCGCUAUGGUAACCUCGGCAUUUGUCACACACGCUAUUCAACCACUGGGAUCUCGGAGCUGCAGAACUGCCAACCCUUUGUGGUUGAUACGCUGCAUGGCAAGAUUGCCGUGGCACACAAUGGAGAGCUAGUUAAUGCGCAUGCCUUGAGGAAAAAGGUGAUGCGCCACGGUGUCGGCCUCUCCACCGGCUCAGACAGCGAGCUCAUCACCCAGCUGCUGGCAUUCACUCCACCUAUGGAGGAGCUGGACUCACCUGACUGGGUUGCCAGGAUAAAAAACCUCAUGACUGAAACCCCGACAUCAUACUCGCUGCUGGUGAUGUUCAAAGACGUUAUCUACGCGGUGCGUGAUCCGUAUGGAAACCGGCCCCUCUGCAUUGGACGGCUUGUUCCCAUCUCUAAACUACAUACUACAGGUGUUGGGGAGGAGGACACUGAGGGCUGGGUUGUGUCAUCAGAGUCCUGUAGCUUCCAGUCUAUCGGUGCCAAGUAUUACAGAGAGGUUCUACCUGGAGAGAUAGUUCAGAUAUCCAGACAUGGAGUCAAGACUCUGAGUGUGGUGCCUCGCCCCGAGGGAGACCUGCCUGCCUUCUGCAUUUUUGAAUAUGUUUACUUUGCCAGACCAGACUCUAUUUUUGAAGGACAGAUGGUCUAUACUGUGCGGCAGCGCUGUGGUCGGCAGUUAGCCAUCGAGGCUCCAACAGAUGUGGACGUGGUCAGCACUGUGCCAGAGUCUGCAACCCCAGCUGCCCUGGGCUACGCUCAACAGUCUGGUCUUCCAUACAUAGAAGUUCUGUGUAAGAACCGCUACGUUGGGAGAACAUUUAUUCAGCCAAAUACACGGUUGAGGCAGCUGGGAGUGGCCAAGAAGUUUGGGGCUCUGACAGACAACUUUGCUGGGAAACGAGUGGUGUUAAUUGAUGACUCCAUUGUCAGAGGCAACACCAUCUCUCCCAUUAUUAAACUACUGAAAGAAGCUGGUGCAACAGAGGUCCAUAUCAGGGUGGCAUCUCCACCGAUCAAGUUCCCCUGCUACAUGGGCAUCAAUAUUCCAACCAAGGAGGAGCUUAUUGCCAACAAGCCAGAGUUUCAGGACAUUGCUGGUUAUAUUGGUGCUGACAGUGUUAAGUAUCUGACUGUGGAGGGCCUCGUAUCAGCUGUUCAGGAGGGAAUCGCCUCCCUGCAGGAGAAGGACAACAUCAGCUCCUGUAACAAGUCCAGCAGGAAAGUGGGCCACUGCACCGCCUGCCUGACUGGGAAAUAUCCAGUAGAACUGGAGUGGUAGCUGCUGUACCAACUGUAUUUACAGCAGCAACUGCACCAUGUAUGUACUGAAACUUUCCACAACCGGAAAAGAUAUGACCUGGUGUGCGAUUACUCCUAUCUAAGACACUAAAAGAUAUUGCACAUGUCCAACACAUUCUACAGAGGCUCAUCAUCUUUCUCAGAACAUGAAACAGCAGUUGAAACAUGUUGCUUUUGCUGAACUCUUGUGCCUGAGCCUUAGCACUGUAUCCAGUAAUUUUUUUUUUGUUUUAGCACGUUUUUGUUACUUUUAUUUGGAUGGUUACAGUAAGAACUAUUUUCGGGAAAGUCUUAAAGUUAGUUUCAUAUGUUUUCACAUGCAUUCCAAGUUUUUACAAACAGUAGGAUUAGAUAAAAUUUUCUGUCAGAAGAGUGCACAAAACUAGUGACCAAAAAGUGAAAUGAUCUAUAUUUUCCUUGUUUUCUUUAUUAACCACUAUGCUGUAUUGUUUUGAUCCGUUUGAUAUUUUGUUGUCCUAUCUUUAGAACCUUUCGUGAAUAUAAAGAAGAAGUACAAUAAACAGAUUAACUGCAAUAAGAAAA